AUGAUGAUCGAGACGUUCCUAAGCAUGGCGCGGUACCUUUCACCGCGCCAUGAUGACGACUGGUGCGACCGGCUUCACUACCUGAUUACACCUAACAUACUAUUUGCAUUUUCUGUACUGAUUUCAUUCAAACAGUUUGGAGGACGUCCGAUUGAAUGCAUGUUUCCCAAUAAAUUUCCUGGCAGUUGGGAACAGUACGCCGAGAACUACUGUUGGUCCCAAGACACCUACUUCGUCGAGCCGCAACAACAUGUAGAACUAUUAAAACAAGAUCAGAGGUACACUCCUGAAAGACAACUAUCCUACUAUCAAUGGGUGCCAUUCUUCCUGUUGGUACAAGCCGUAUUCUUUCGAGCACCGAGCUUCCUCUGGAAGACCUUCUCCAACCAUUCCGGAAUCCGAAUGCACGAGGUGGUGGAAAAGGCAAAGGAUUCAGCAAAUGUCGAGGAGGAAGUCCGGCAGAAGAAUAUCGGCAUUCUGGCCCGGCAUUUGCAAAAUGCCCUGCGGUUUAAACGAAGAAUGCAAAAGAAAAAGGUUAUUGUUCACAAGACAGUCACCUGCCUCAAUUACCAGUACUCAUCCGGUUUUGUAUCAGCAGUUUAUCUUUUCACAAAAGCCUUAUAUCUGGUCAAUGUCGUGGUACAGCUAUGGUUAAUGAACAAGUAUUUGAUGCUGUUCGCUGCUGCUGCGUUCACGUUCAUCUCAUGGUUCAUUUUAUUGCUUUUCCCCUGUUUCUCUAGAUGGUUCAUCGAGCAGCAUCUCGAGCUGAGCACUUUGGAUGGAUUUGAAACUGAUUCAUUACAAACAGCUNGUCGUGAUGGAGUGUUUGUAUUGCGAAUGGUCUCAUCACAUGCUGGGAUCAUUUUCGGGACCGAUCUGAUCCUUGAACUUUGGAGCACAUUUUAUGGGAUUGAGAAAAAGGUAGUGUAUCUGGCCACGCUAUGA